UGCUCCUGCUCAAGUUGACAGUCUCCUCAAGAACUCCACCAGACCUCCAUCAUGAAGUUUGUUGCUCUCGCUAUCACUUUGCUGCUGGCCGUUGGCUGCCAGGCUGCUUCUCUGCAGGCUGAUGCACCCAGCUCCCUGGCCCAUGCCCGGGCUGUUGUUGACGUCUAUCUGACUCAAAUGAAAGAAAGUGUCAAAAAUGCCUUGGGUCACCUUGAUGAUACAGAGUACAAAGAAUUUAAAGACGUAAUCAGCCUUCGCUUGGAUGAUCUUCACCUUCAGCUCAAAACCGUACAGGAAUCCGUCGCUCCCGUCACCGACGGUGUGGUUGCGACACUCAGUGAUGUUACUCAAACCUUCAGAGAUAAUGUCAAGAAGGACGUUGAUGCCUUGGAGGUGCAACUCGCCCCCUACAAAACAAAGCUGAACGAGGUUGUUAACAAACACAUCGAAGAGUACCGCGCGCUUCUGGAGCCUGUGAUCACAGAGUACCAGGCCCAGCACGAUGCUCAGAUGAAUGUUCUGAAAGCCAAGCUGGAGCCCAUUGUGGAAGACCUGCGCAACAAGAUCUCCGUCAACGUUGAGGAGACCAAGACCGCUCUCGUGCCCAUCAUUGAAGCUGUGCGCACCAAGGUGGAUGCUCGUCUGGUGGAGCUGAGAGAGAUGAUUGGUCCAUACGUGGGGGAAUACAAAGACCAGAUUGGAAAGGCCUACGCCCAUGCCAGAUCUAUCAAAGCAGAAGAUCUCACUGCUCUGAGAGAGAAGAUUAACCCACUGGUUGAAGAUGUCAAGACGAAACUCCAAACUAUCUUCCAGAACAUCUUCCAAACCUUCAGUGCUAGUGAAGCAUAAUUUGAAUGAAAACGUACACACUUAGCACAUGCAUGCUUUCGUUGGGCUAUCACAAGCGGAUCUGUGAUGAUGCUUGUCUCAUGAAACCUGUUCUGGCAAAAGACAGCUGAAUAAACAUCUGACUGUUUAUGAAAACCUU